AUGGGCGCAAUAAUCAAAGUCGAAGAUUACUCCAAGGUUGCCAACCCAGAUCUGCAAGCAAACAGACUAGUACUGAAGUUCAAGGUGGGUUUCGAACUUUCAGCGACGCUCGUGGGAGACCGCGAACGUUUGGGUGGAGUGUGGGAAAGAGUGGCGGUUAAGAAACGGCAACUAUAUUACAGGAGCCGGGACAAUGAGGACGGGACCACGGGACCAGGUUUCAAAACCUACGGUCCCUCAAGAUGCCCGAUGCUAAUGAUCUCUUCGGGGUUACCGGGCACGAGCUAG